AUGGACAUGAUGGAGCCCGCCGAUGCCGCUUGUACGGCGGCCACCUCGCCGCAACCCAACAACCUUGUUCCUUCCUCUGUAGGAACUGCUAGUACUACUGAGAAAACAGCCGAACUGCCGUCGUUCCCAAGCAAUGAAAAGCAGAAGAAAACCUAUUCUGCUGUGGGAGACAAACCGAGAUCAACACAAGAGAUCAAAACUGAACUACAGAAAAUCUGGAGCCUGCGGGAAGAAUGGCAACUAAUCCCUAUGGGCAAGGGAUAUUUCACGUUGAAGUUUGCUAAUCAGAUUGAUAAGGAUAUUGCCAAGGACAAAACGGUUUGGGAUCUUGCUGUUGGAUCUCUUCGGAUUCGUGAAUGGGUUCGAAACUUUGAUCCGUACAAGGAAAAUUCUUCGUUAUGUCAAGUCUGGAUACGUAUCUAUAAUAUGCCAGUGGAAUAUUGGCAUCCGGAAGUUUUUGCUGCUAUUGGUAGGACGCUUGGAUUUCCUAUUAAACUUGAUGGAGCCUCUGCCAGUAAGGACGUCGGAAGUUUUGCUCGAAUGCUUGUUGAAAUCGACUUAUCUGUCCCUUCGAUCGAUUCCAUGACAAUAGAUUGUGAUGUUAUGUCAUUCUAUGUGGACUUUGUUUAUGAGCAGCUUCCUCUUUAUUGCACUAACUGCAAAAUUACAGGACAUAAUCUGGACAAAUGCAAGAAAAGCAAGCCGGACAACAAUAAAGCGAGCAAGGAACCUCGAGGGCAAGUUAUGGGGGAGACCACGACUGGAACUGAGCAGGAUAUUUCCUUCAAACAACCGAAAAAAGUGAGUAAUUGGAAACAAAAACAACCGGAACAACAAACGGAACAACACUCUGUGGAGCAGAAUCAGUUCGCUGCUUUGAUUACCGAGGAGGAAGUUUCGGAAGAAGAUGAGGAAGAGCAAUACGGUCCGGAUAUUCUUGAAACCUUGGUUGAAAAAACUCAGGAUUUAAGUAAAGGGGAUGCGGAGAAGGAGGUGGAUAAUGAGAAUGAUCGUGAAGUUGAUACGAGGCAGUUGGUUCUGGAGGUCGAACCGCAUCAGACUGGAUCGGAGCUGAGGGAUGAGCCUAGAGAAUCUGUGGAGAAAGAGGUUGCUUUAAAGGCGAUUGACCACACGAUACGCACCCAGCGUGUGACUCAGAUGAUUAUGGAGCCAAAGAGAAGAGGUCGCCCUCCCGGAGCUGGGAAAAAACCAAUACAAAUAUAG